AUGGAAAAAUCAAAUUAUUCUUAUAAAAAUAAAUCAAAUAAAAAUGAUAUCAACGAUAUAGAUGAUUCUUUAGAUUCAUCAAAUAAAGAAAAUGAUAUGGAUGAUUUAGAAGACUUACCAGAAUAUGAAAGAGAGUUAAUUUUAGCAAAAAGGCAUGAGGAAUAUAUGAAAAAGAAACACAGAAGUAUGUUAUUAAAAAAUGUAAGUAUUGAUACUAAUUUAGAACAACAUUAUAGCGAUGAUAAUAAUACUCAUACUUUAAAUAAAAAAAGUAAUUUAAAUAAUAAAUCAUUACAGUUAAAAUCAAAAAAGCAAAACGCUACAAAUGAAAAAGUUGAAAAUGAUAAAAUAAAUAAGAAGUCAAGCAACUAUAAAAAACAUAAAAAAUUAACAACGAAAAUUGGAAAAAAUACUAAGCAACAAGAUAAAGAAGAAACAAAUUAUGUUAAAAGCAGUGAAUCAAAAAAAAAAAGUGAUUCCUUUAUUCAGAAUGAUAAGAGAAGUUUGAAAUUGUCCGUUGAUAAUAAUAAUAAACAUAAAAAUAUAACUAGUAAAAAAAAUAAUGAUUUAGAAAAUAUUGAUAAAGAUUAUAAUGGUGAUAGUUACGAAAAAUUAUCAGGCACAUAUUCGAGCUCUUAUUAUAAAAAAAAAAAACUCAAAAGAGAAGAAAAAGCUUCAUUAAGCAAUGAAGAAAAUAAAAAUAGGAAAAGUAAUAAAGAUAAUAAUAAUAGAAUAACAACAGAUAAAAAUGAAAUAGCAAUAUCAUCUAAUAAAGUAAGUGGGUCGUUAGAAGAAACAAAAAUGGCUGAAAAAUCUAAAUAUAUGAAAAAUAAUAAAAGUGAGAGGGAAUUAGAAAAGCAGCAUAGUGAACUUUAUACAAAUGACAAAAGUGAUGAUAUAAUAAAAAAGAAAAAAUUGAAUUUAAAAAAAGAUUCAGAAAAAAGUUUUGUUAAUAAUAAUAAUAUAAAAAAUCAUAAAAAUGAAUCUUUUAUUUAUUCUAAUGAUCAACAAAAAAAAAUAUUCGAUGAUUCAAAAGAAAUGGAUGAAUUAAUGAGAAAAGAAAAACACUCAAAAGAACAAGAAACACCAGAACGUUUAAUAUUUUUAUAUAAGGAAGAAAAAAAAAUGAAAAUGGAUAUAUAUAAAUAUAUGACCUAUGAAAUUAUAACUUAUUUUCAGUUAAAAAAAACUUUUCUUCUUGAUAUGAGCGAACAUGUUAACUUUCCUUACUAUGUAGUUGGGCACAUAAUAAAAAUAAUCGAUAACAAUAAAUUAAUAAAAGUGUCUAACUUACUAAAGAAUCAACAUAAAAAUAAUAUUCAAGAAACAAAUAAAAGCAACAAUUUAUUGAAUGAAAAAAAAAAAUUAUUUUUUAUAACAAAUGUCAUUAACAGUGAAAAUUAUUUUUCUUUAGAUAGGCAUACUAAUGUAAAAUUUGAAAUAGUACAUUUAGAAAAUUUGUCAGAUCUGCAUUUUUUUAGUAAAAUAAAAAACAUAAUGAAUCAAAAUAAAAAAAUUUCUAUAAAUGAAUUAUGUUUAGAGAAUUAUGAAACUUACGUAUGUGACAUGAAUAAUAUAUCUGAUCAAAAACUUACAGUAGAUGAAUAUAAUUUUAUAAAAUUAUUUUCUGUCAAUUUAGAAAUUUUGAAAAAUUUUCAUAUAUUUUUAAAAGAAAAAAUAGAAGAUUUAAAAAAUUUUCAUUAUACAGAAAAGCAAAUUCAAGAAUUAGUAGAAAUGAAAAAAAAGAAAAGUUUCAAUGAAAUUUUUAUGAACAAUAAAAAUAUUGAUACUUUACCUAUAUCUCGUAUUACUGUUCAAAGAGAAAUUUGUUCAAUUUUAAGAGAAAUUGAUACUUUAAAUUAUGCAAAAAGACGUAUAAAAGAUGAUACGCAUACUUUAUCGAAAAUAAAUAAUCAAAUUGAAUUAUUAACAAAAAAAAAGGAUAUUUUACGCGAACACCUUGAAAAAACUAGAACUAAUAUUGUAUCUAAAAGUAACGAACAUUUUACACAAGAAAAAGAAAAGAAUUUAACAAGAGGAAAAUCACUAAAAAAUUAUUUGAAAACAUCAAUGAAUGAUGAAAUUUCAAAUAAAUUUCUUGGAGUAGAAGAAAAAAAUAUAUCAGAUUUAUCUAACUAUAUGUAUGAAGAAAAAAGGACUUUUAAUAAUUUUGUAACCAGUAAGUUUUUUGAUCUACCUCUGAGUAUACAUUAUAAAAUUGUUAAUCAUUUUUUAUUGGGAAAUCUACAAAAUAAUGAUAAAGUUUUUUAUAGCGAUACUAAUGAAAAAAAAGUUGAAGAUCACAAUCUUUUUGGAAUUCAUAUCAAUAAGUACGUUACAAUGUUUGACGAUGUAAAAAAAAAUUAUAAAUAA